GUAAAGUUGAAUUCGUUACGUUCCAUAACUUUUGUAAAAAGCGCGUAAACCCAGCUGUUUCGAACGCUACUUUAAACCCUGAAACAAUUAGGUACUCCAGAUGUGUAUUUUUAUCAUAAGGUUAUCAUAACUUUUGACAACUAUUAUGUUAGCUAUAAGACCGAAUGUCUCAGAUUUGUUUGAGCUAUUCGAUCAGCAACGCUCCCUGUUGUUUCGUGCUGUUUGACCCUGUGUUUUGGAUUAAAGCUUUAGUUUUUGCAAGUAUUAACUACACUGUGCUCGAGGGGGCAUAAUCUCAUCAAUUUUAAAAAUGAGGACUACCUCAGUCCAUUACUGAGUUCUUCAUGCUGGACAUCAUUUCUUUCAACAGCGUUGGUUGUUUCCAUGUUCCUGUCAUGGGGCCCUCAACUUUCGCUGGUUGUCAAUAGUAAUGGUGAGAUUUUGUCUUUUGAUGUUAGGUCUGAAGUAGGGUAGUUGUAAAAUUGAUGACAAACUGUACUAUUUUCGUAACGCAAAACCAACACGACCCCGAUCUCCGGUGGUUCUAGUAAGGAAUAUCGUAAAAAUCUGUAAAGCUGGUAAAACUUUUGGAAAUUGAAUCGGUUUCUUAAAAGGGAAGGAAAGUCGUUUCUACGGUAUUACACAUACUGUUUCCCAACUAGUUUGUAUCACUGAACUCUAUCACCGCCAGAUGUAAGCGUUUAAGAAUAAAGCGUAGUGUACUACGUAACAGCGAAUUAGAUUGUUAGGGUCCUUUGCAUAAUGAAUAAAGCUGUUGAUCUUACCUGUGAAGACUAACAGCUUUUAGGACUAUAUGAGAACUUCCGUCUUAAUUUGAUCGAAUAGUUCGCUAUAUUUGGGUGCCGAGUUGAUAUGAGACACUAAUGCUGGUUCAAAAUCCUACUUUACCAUGGUUUGCAGUCACUGGUGAUUAUUGUCCAUCCUCCUCUACUCAAUCUGCUCAAACCCAACAUUUCGCACAAGUUUUUGGAUUGUCUGUGCCAAUCAGAAGAGUACUGAGUCCCAAACAGUCACUAACCCACUCUCAUUUUGCAUUAUUUCCAACUUGUCAAAGUGUUGACACUCAAAGUCGUCAUCAAUUGAGCUCUGGAGAUCACUGUUCAAAUAUCAUUACACCUGUAAUCGUCACUAUGCCUCGUCACUCACGUUCAAAUGGAAACCAGGAUAUGGAUCUACCAGUUUUCACAGAACCACUUGGUCCAAUUGCAACUGGAUGUAAACGUGAUGCUUCUGCACUGUCAGCAAAUUGUACUAUCCCCCCUAUUACGACAACAGCUAACAUCCCAUUGGAUACUAACGAUCAGUGCACUAUUUAUCUCCCACCAAAACCCAAAGAAUCGGAGAGAAUGAUGCAUAUUCAACGGUGGGUGAAUCAUCUUCCUUGGAAUCUAAAUAAUGUAUGCGAUGCCUCUGGUCGGUCUCACGUACCUUAUCCCAUUCCUGUUCGUUCUCACAUAGACGAUGAUCGUGAAUUAACUCCCCCUCCUGGUCGAACUUAUUUAACUAGAUUACCAUUUACACCCGAAGAACAACAAGCCAUGGUCCGAUUCUUUCCUUCCCAUACAAGUCAGUUUCGGCACCAACAUCAGACACACGCUGUUCCGGAUCCCCAACCUAGGUAUCACACCUUCCCGAAUCAUUGUCCGAAUCAACAAACAUCCAAUAAUCAUCAAUUUUCUUCAUCACAGAGACCUAGUCAGGAAGCCUGUAAUGUCUUUCCUUCCGUUAGAAAUAUUCCUGAGUAUGUCAAUGAGAAUAACCGAAAACGUGGACAAGAAGAUAUCGGAGGUAGUCGAUUAUUUGCAGAUUGGGAGACCAGACUAAUUAGCCGACUUUUUAAAGAGUUCUUCCAUGGAAAUCCUAAACCUAAUGGUGUAUGCGGUACACUGCCUUCUCUUAGUGAAGUUCGAUCUCGUAUAGCUUCUUCACGAUUGAAAGAAACAAGAACAGCUACAGCUGUCAGAUCCAAAAUUCGUCGAAUGCAAUCAUCCGGUACAUGGUUAAAGUAUCAAUGAUAACUAUUUUCCACUGUCUAAAACCCUUUUAAUAGUCCUUUUGUAUUAAGUGAGUAAUGGUGCUCAAUUGUUAAAAGCCUGCAGACAACAAUAAAAAACAAAUAGCGCUCAAAUAAUAUAUAUACAUGGUUUCAAACCGGAAUUUCUCUCAUUCUACGUCAUUGUUCUAGUUUUCCAGUCAAUCUUUAUAGUUCAUAUUUCAACCGUAUCAUUCCAGAAUACAUAUGUAUGUAUGUUCGAUCCUUUUACUGUAACCUUACUGUUUGCAGAAAUAUAAAUCUACUAAUCACCUACAAUAUAUUUAUAUAUAAAAUAUGUAUGUAUGCAAAAGCAAUUUACUUGAUGACAACAUAUGCUGUUUAUAGCCCCCGUGUUCUUUCUGACCUUCAAUAUACCAAUGUUUGAAACUUAUCCUGCCCUAUUUAAUACUUUAUGUACUCUCAUAUUUAUUUCCGUCUUCUUUCUCAUUCAUUUAUUUGUGGUACUUCGUACAGUAUUAUCAUUUUAUAUACAUUCAUAUAUUAUCACCAUUAUCAGCGUUUUGUUUCCAAGUUUUCUUUAUCUCUAUAAUUUGUCUCUUAUAUCAUGUGUUAUUAGAUAUCAAUUGUGCAUAUCAACUCUUCUUGUUUGUUUGUUUCCGUUUCUUGUAUGUUAAUUUGUUUCUGGAAGGUUAUUACCACUUAUCUUGGUUUUUUUUUCAUUCUGUGUACACGAGAAACAAGAAAUCAAUGUAAUAAACCUUGUCUUCAUUCUGUUUUAUAACAAGGGUAGCCUGGUUUUCUAAUUUAUUGGUUAAUAAUACUAAUAAUAACGAUCUCUUAAAUAAAAUUUCUCGUAGAAGCUGUUCAAUUAUUUCAACUGAUAUCUAUUAUAAAUGUAUCAUAGAAUUUAGAUUUGUUUGAUGUACAUGUGUUUCAAGUUAAUUCGAAAAAUAAUAACUCAUUCUUUACCUACAUUCGAUACGUUUUCUCUGUGUAAUCUAAAGUGCAUAGUGAUAGGAAUGUUAUAUGAUAAUCAGUAAUUUUUCAAGAUCUGUUAA